UCUCGCUCCUUUGGCAGAAGAAAGCAAGCGACCUUGGUUACAAAAAAAUCAGAAAGGGAAAAGUUAUCUAGCUGUAGACCUUUCUUGUUCUCUCUCCAGGGGAAGAGGUGUGGGGAAGAAGAUGUCGGCGGCAGCGGAGCGAUUCGUCGUUGAAGGAGGAGAGGAGCAGCUACUUCAACAGCAUCCGAUUUACCACGUGCCCCAGCACGGCCGGAGGGAGAAGCUCCGGUUCCCGCCGGAGGACUCUCCACCACCCACCUCCUUACUGUUACUCCCCGAUGCCACCAUCGCUUCGCCGCUCUACCCCACCAGCACCCUCACCUCCUUCUUUCCGGCCUCUUCCUCCGCUUCUUCCUCGUCUUCCUCUACCUAUUAUUCGCAAAACUCUAACUACAAUAUCGCUUCCAGUACCCAAUUCUCGGGCCACACAUCCACUCUCUCUCUCCCAGCACACCAGCACCACCAGAUCUCCAACCAGGGCUUCUCUCUGUCCCUGUCUUCCUCUCCUUCCAACCCUCCACCCCCUCCUCGCCACCAGUCGGGCGUCGGAAUAAACCACGGGGUGCUGAGGAGCCCGGCUCCUCUCGGGCCAUUCACGGGCUACGCCACCGUCCUCAACCGCUCGAGGUUUUUCGAGCCUGCCCGGCAGCUUCUUGAAGAAAUAUGCGGUGCUGGCCGUAGAGCAGUAACAGCAGCUGAAGGAAGCAGCGCUGACGAUAUGCUUUUAGAUGCUGAUCCACCGGCCCCGUCGCCGAUGGAUCAUCGGAUGGAGCUGAACGACCGGAUCUCGAGCACGGAGCAGCAGUGGAAGAAGACCAGGCUUGUCUCCAUGCUUGAUGAGGUCUAUAGAAGGUACAAGCAAUACUAUCAACAGGUGCAAGCUGUCAUCACAUCUUUUGAAUCUGUAGCUGGCUUAAGUACCGCUUCGCCUUUUGCCUUCAUGGCCCUAAAGGCCAUGUCGAAACACUUCAGACGCCUCAGAAAUAUGAUUGCUAAUCAGCUUCAUCACACAAACAAGGUCCUUGGAAAAGAAAGCCUCGGUAGUGAAGAAACUCCAAGCUAUGGGCUCACUAACAAUGGUGUUUGUAUUCAACGAAUGAUAAACAACUCAGGUACCUUUAGCCAGCCGCAUGUUUGGCGACCUCAGAGAGGACUCCCUGAAUGUGCUGUUGCUGUCCUACGUGCGUGGCUUUUUGAACACUUCUUGCACCCAUAUCCUACUGAUACUGACAAGCAGAUGUUGGCUAAACAAACAGGUCUCACAAGAAAUCAGGUUUCAAACUGGUUUAUUAAUGCGAGGGUAAGACUUUGGAAACCAAUGGUUGAAGAAAUACACUCUCUUGAGAUGCAACAAUUACAUAAAGUUUCAGCGGGUGAUAAAAGCCGUGACCUUGAUGAGCAAACUAAGCUACAAUCAGCUUCUACUGCUGCUUCCCAUGAUUCUCAACCACCUCAAAGUGCUAAUACCCAAAAGAAUCAUCACCCAACAAGUAAAUGCAUUCAACAUGAUCGCACUCAGACGCCCAGCCAUACCCAAGAGCCAUUUAGCUUCGUAUAUGAUGUUUUACCUGGUCAUCAGCAUAUUGGAGUUGGUAUGAGUGUUGCUGCUGGGGGAAAUUCAGGUGUUUCGCUUACUCUUGGUCUCCGCCAAACCAACAAGGUUUGCUUGCAGGAGCCUCUUCCAUUGAAUGUUGUUCGUUGUUUUGGUCUUGAAGAGUGCAAUGAUGCUUACGUAAUGGGUGCAUUUGACGGGCAAGACCGGCAGUUUGGAAAGAACAUCGGUGGGCCGUUUGUUCAUGAUUUUGUUGGAUGAAAGUGCUUGUGUGAUAUCUGUUUAGCCAAGAUGGAGCAGCAGAAAAUUUUAGAUGUUAAGAAAUACCAAGAUAGGCCAAGAGUAUACUCAUUGGGUGCAGGGGACUCCAAUUCUUCAAGCUUUGUUUUAGAAGAUUUUAGCCUCGAUGGAGCAGAAGGUAUGCUAUUUUAUGCUCAAGCUUCCUAUUUUGUUAGAGACAUUAGUCAUGCCGCUGUUGCACAUGGACAUGAAAAUCUCACUUUAAAAGCUAUAGAUCACAAACCUCAUGACCUUGGAUGGCUAUUUGCGAGCAAUUACAUGCACAGAAAACAUUGGAAAGCGCGUGGCCCUUGCGUUUGCGCCGUUUAUGAGAACGGCUUCUAUUUGAUGGGUCGGGAAAAUCUAUAUUGAGUAGAUUUUGUCAUCGCGGAGGUCACGACCAAGUUUCCCGCUUUUAAUGCCUGCAUGUUUGCCUUCUGAUAUCCUAGGACCCCCUCGUCCAAAACAAGUCGGACGUGUCUCAUAUUUUUCAAAAAAUAUUAAGCAUUCAUUGUCAAACUUGGCCUUCAUGGCCAUGUAUCUGCUGCUGCUGCUGCGCUAAUUUC